AUGGCGACUCUCGUUCAUCCCGAGGUUUUACGGAAACUCCUGGAAAAUAAGUCAAUGGUUUUCGAGUCUUUUACGGACCGCGAUCUCCUUCCUUCGGCUCUGAGUGUUUUACGUCUCCGCGAAAUCCACCAGCAGUCCACCGAGCUACCGAGCUUUAAAGAUCUCGUCAUAUCCGCCUUCAAGUCGAAAGCCGCCGCCAAGGAAAGCACCCCUGGUUUGGUGUGGCCCACGGACAAAGCUUCAGCGUUAGCCUUGCUAGAACUCAUGGACGAGGUAGAAUGCAUUGUCACGGCAAUGCAGAACAAUCGCCACAGAGAUGACACGUUCUGGCUCGAGACUCCGUGGCUCCUCGAGCACCUCGAGCACCCGAAGGAACCCGAGCGUCUGGAUUUCAUAUUGUAUGACGAGCGGACGACGAGAUUACUCCAGCACGAUAGUUUCUGGGGCAAGAAAGACGAGCACAGCAUGUUCGUUCAGAAAAAGCUUGUUCUACUCUUCGAGAUCUACGUCCUGUGUUUCUGUCACGGCAGGGAAUUCCCUGAUCAUACGUCCGAUCAAACACCGUUCCAAAUUCUUUCAAUGGCAACCGAGGACAUAUCAACGCAAGUUGACAUUCGUGCCAUCGAUUUCGGCGAGCAUAUAGAUAAGCUUGCUUCUUGUCUCUGCCGCACAUGCGACAGUAUUAUUGAUUCAGCUUUGUGUCAGGUUUUGAACAUACGGCAGGUUGAUGCCCAGCCUUUCUGGGGCUCAGACGUGGUUAUGCAAGAAGGAGUGCAAACUUUGAAAGAAGCGCUUGGAACACCGAAAGUCAUGUUUCAUUCGGCACGCUGGAGCUAUUAUCGAAAGUUUGUGACUUGGACGCGGACGGGGAUAGAGUCCAUGACUGGGGCUGUAGCUCGCCGACUUCUACGACUGUCACAGGUUGGUUUGAUACCCAUGGAUCAAGGCCGGGUUCCAAUCUAUGGAAUUGCCUGCAUGGAUACAUGUACGGGUGAAUUCAUCGUCAAGGAUGGAUAUGAUGGCUUCAUGGCGGUCGCAUAUCUCGAAACUUUACAAGAGCAACAAAACUGGGAUCGUAUGGACGGGAUUCACAACGCCUGGAAGCUUCUAUCGGGUGGUAUCGGUAGACUGGCUCCUUUGCUGCGUCUUGACGAGGGUGAAAGACAAACAGAGACAAUAGGAGCACUCGCACGAGCCAAUUCUAAGUGCAGGUCUGCAAUAGAGGCAACUACAAGCCCGCUGCAAUGGUUUCAAGGCAACUUGAAGACAUGGAUCAUAGACUACUACCCAGGCUCGCAUUUUGGGGUCCAACCGUGGGUUGUUGCAUGGUGA